AUGGACACAGCACGCCCUCUGCAGUGUGGGGACUGGCCACCGUGUUUACAGGUGAUGGAGCACGCCCUCUGCAGCAUGGGGACUGACCACCGUGCUUACAGUGCAGAGGUCAGGGGAGACAGGCAGCAGUGGGACCCCAAGUCGGCUGGCCACAGGGCCUAUGAGCUCCAGGUGCUCAGGGCUGGCCAGGACCAUGGAGCUGCAGGAGUCCUGGAUGAAUGUGAUCAGGACAUCUUGAAGGCGGCCCUCAAUGGCAUCGAUGCUCUCCUUGUCCGUGAUUUUCGACCUACAAGUUGGAAACUCCAAGUACUGGACCUCAGAAGCGACGCUGGGACCAACUUCUGGCAUGUGUGGGCUGGGCCUGGGGAUGAGGUCUCAGCGAGCCCCUCAUGUGAGAGUGGGGCUGCGCAGCCCAGCCCACAGAGGCGCAGAGUGGGGGCUUCCUGCACAAAGGAGGAGACGCAGCACUCGGCUGCCGCGGGAGUGCUGGUGCUGCUGUCGGACCUGUGCUUCACGGAGCCCUCUCCAGAUGAAUUGCUCACUUUCCUUGUGAAGAGGGUCAACGAGAAGAAACUACUACCCCAACUGUGCUGUAGGAGGCUACAGUUUAUUUUUGAGCCAUUGAGAUUUCACAUUAUCAAAAAGAUCUUUGAUAAGGUACACCUGGACUGUGUGGAGGAGGUAGAAGUCCACUGCCACUGGGAAAUGAAAUACAUCACUAAAUUUACUGAAUACCUUCGGAAGAUGGUUCAUCUCAAGAGCUUAUACUUUGGUGAAGCUUCUCUUCACCACUGGACCCAUUGGGAGGCAACAGCGGUCUUCAGGCACCUGGAGGCCCCACUAGAGAGCCUCGGCCUUACUGAUUCUUGUAUAACAGGAUCUGACUUGGAAUACUUGUCCAGGUGUUUGAGCACCGGCCACCUGAGUAAGCUGCAUCUCAGAAACGUGGAGAUGGUAGGCGUAGAUGCUGGGUUCCUCAACAUUCUGCUGGAGAGAAUCUCAGGCACCCUGAAAGAACUGGAUUUGAGGGGCUGUGGCAUGACUGACACCGAGUUCACAGCCAUCCUCCCUGCCCUGGGCCGCUGCUCCCAGCUCGAUUUCCUCAGGUUCUGUGGAAACUCGCUCUCCAUGGACGUCCUGCAGAGCCUGCUGCUGCGCACUGUCCCUCAGAACAAGAUCACGAUGCUGGAGAUGCCGCUCCCUCGGGAGUGCUAUGUGAGCUGCGGAGGAACGAGAACCAUAGACAGGAUGACUGUGCGGAAUUGGCUCUACCAGCUGAAUCAGAUCCUGGGGAACCUAGGACUGGAGUUGGACUGGUUAGAGCGGGACGUUUACCCAGAGAAAAACUGUAUUUCAAUAAGCUUCGACUUUACACUGUAA